GUUCUCCUCCACCCUCCGGUCUGUUCAAUGACGCUUUAACAACAUCGCUUUUAUCACACGGCCGGAGACACGCAAAUGAAUUACUAAAUGCAUGACAGUGCCUGUUCAGCUCUGAACAUUAUGGACAAAGUGUGAUCUUUGCGUAUUUCAUCUCAUACCAACCCCUUGUUCUCCAUCAAAAUGGCGUCAUGUGUUUCCAGCUGCUCACCGGUGGUGAGGUUCUGUCACAAACUGAACAGGCUAAAGACACUGGAAGACGAUGUAAUGGCGACAUCACUGAAGCGUUGUCUCUCCACAGUGGACCUUGCACUUCUUGGUGUAGGUGGAAUGGUAGGAUCAGGCCUUUAUGUUCUCACAGGAACUGUUGCAAAAGACACCGCUGGUCCCGCUGUAGUGGUGUCUUUCCUCAUCGCAGGCAUAGCGUCUCUCAUGGCUGCGCUGUGCUAUGCUGAAUUUGGUGCCCGUGUACCAAAGACAGGCUCCGCCUACAUGUUUACGUACGUCUCUGUUGGGGAAAUCUGGGCCUUCCUCAUUGGCUGGAAUGUAAUUUUGGAGUACAUGAUUGGUGGAGCUGCAGUAGCCCGUGCGUGGAGCGGCUACCUAGACUCUAUUUUCAAUCACCGUAUCCAAAAUUUCACAGAGACUUAUGUGAUGCGCUGGGACGUACCUGUCGUUGCUCAUUACCCAGACUUCUUAGCAGCUGCCAUCCUUCUUGUGGCUUCCAUUUUUAUUUCAUUUGGUGUUCGCGUCUCAUCUUGGCUCAAUCACAUCUUCUCUGCCAUCAGUAUGGCAGUCAUUGCCUUUAUAUUGGUGUUUGGAUUCAUACUGGCGGAUCCAGUCAACUGGAGCGCUAAGGAGGGAGGCUUUGCCCCCUUUGGACUCUCAGGUAUAAUGGCGGGAACGGCGACGUGUUUCUAUGCCUUUGUUGGAUUUGAUGUAAUAGCAGCAUCCAGCGAGGAGGCCAGCAAUCCUCAGAGAGCUAUACCGGCAGCAACGGCCAUCUCACUCGGCCUGGCAGCCACAGCGUACAUCCUGGUAUCUACAGUUCUUACGCUGAUGGUCCCAUGGCAUACACUCGACCCAAACUCGGCACUUUCAGAUGCGUUCUUUAGGCGAGGUUAUAGCUGGGCUGGGUUUAUUGUGGCUGUGGGCUCCAUCUGUGCCAUGAACACCGUGUUGCUCAGCAACCUCUUCUCUCUCCCGCGGAUCGUGUAUGCCAUGGCGGAGGACGGCCUCUUCUUCUCUGUCUUCUCUCGUGUUAACCCUGUAACCAAAGUUCCUGUCAUUGCAAUUCUUGUAUUUGGCAGUCUGAUGGCGUUCCUUGCCCUCAUCUUUGAUCUUGAAGCACUGGUCCAGUUCCUCUCGAUCGGCACUUUACUGGCUUACACUUUUGUAGCAGCUAGCAUCAUAGUGCUCCGCUACCAGCCGGAUAAGCGUAGCGGAAGCUCAGGAGGAGGAGGUGGCAUCAAAACAGAUGCUUCAUCCACAACAUCAGAGCAGCAGGUGGAUCCAUCUCCUGUAGCGAAUGAGACCCAGACCUUUGCACAGGACGGUGGGGGGAUGAAGGAGUAUGAGUCUUUCUCUGAUAAGCUUCAGCUGGUAGAGAGACAGAACAAUGUGAAGGAAAAACGAUCCGCUGGCAUGUUGAGCGCCCGUUGGGAGCCGUAUCUGGGCCGCUUGCUGGGGGAUUGUGAGCCGGGAGAGGUGGUGGCGUUUUCGGUGUUGGCACUGAUGGUGAGCGGUGUCUCUCUUUGUGCCGUGUUGGUGUUUGGAAAUAACCAGUUGCACCUGCCUGUAUGGAGCUUCACCCUGUUGCUGGUCAUCUUUAGUCUGGUCUUCCUGCUCAGUCUGGCUCUCAUCUGUGUCCAUGAACAACAACCCAAUCUAAAGACUUUUCAGGUUCCUCUGGUGCCGAUCAUUCCUGGCUUCAGCAUCCUUCUGAAUGUGUUCCUCAUGUUGAAGUUAAGUCCACUUACCUGGAUCCGCUUCACCGUUUGGGUUGCAGCAGGUCUUCUGGUGUAUUUUGGAUAUGGCAUUUGGCACAGUAAAGAGGGUUUACGAGAGCAGCAGGGACAGGACGUAUCAGCGCGAUAUGUUGUUCUCCCCAGCGGCAGUCUGGUGGAGACGGUCCAAAACAUUCAACCUGAAGGACAAACACACAACACCCUUACACCAGAAACCCCCUCCUCCAGCAGAUGAUCUAACAACACUGAGGUGUGUUUACACUACACCUGCAUGCCUGUUUACUGUACCACUCCUGCUUUGCUUUGUCUUUUGUUUGUCUUUCAUUUACUGCUAUCAUCAACAUCUAAAUAAACCAAACUGUUUAUCAACAACAUGGCUUAAAGACACCAAGUCAUUGUUUUGGGUGAACUCAACUUCCUUUUUCAACAAUUUUAUCAUAUUUGAGAGCCACUUUACUAUGUUCCUUUCUUCAUUCUUACGUAAUAUACAUUGCACAUCUACUGUGUUUAGCUGCUACAAUGGCUUGUAUGUAAAUUAUAUAUGAGAGUAUGUGAAGUGCACCAUGAUUCAGUGGCCCAAACAGAUUCAGUAUCUCCAAUGUGUUUUAUGGUGUUUACAUGGAGCCAGAUGGAGCUCAAUGAUCUACAUUGCUGCUCAGUAAAAGCUGAAAUCUUUAUGACAGACUGCCAUUUAUCUUUUAAAGGUGCAGUGUGUAAUUUUUAGAAGGAUCUCUUGACAGAAAUGCAAUAUAAUAUACAAAACUAUAUUAUCAGUGGUGUAUAAAGACCUUUCAUAAUGAACCGUUAUGUUUUUAUUAACUUACGAUGAGACAUUUUCAUCUACAUACACAGAGGGUCCCCUUACAUGGAAGUCGCCAUUUUGUGUCGCCAUGUUUCUACAGAAGCCCUUAACGGACAAACUUUUUUACAAAGUUUUCUCCAACGAUAACAUGUUUGUCUGGUGGCGGCUACUGUAGCUUCUUUAUGCGUUUAAAAUGCGAGGGGUGACCAGUGAACUGAGCCUUUGGUUACCACUAGAUGCCACUAAAUUUACACACUGCACCUUUAAACAACAAUGUUUGGUCUUAUUUUUUUUUUUUAAAGUAAUUCCACAAAAAUAUGAUCAGUGGGGUCGUACACUACCAGACAAAAUUUAAUUAAUUAAUUUAUGCUCCUCAUGCAAUUUUUUAUGUAAAGACAUUUGCUUUAAUAUUUAAAAUGAGUUUCGUAGACAGAUAACUUAUGUCUAUCUAGCAAUUGUUUGAAGCUUUCCUAUGUUGUUUAAAUACCUAAAAUAGAGUUGAGUGGUAUUACGGUUUUAUAUUAAGUGUAUACCCCAGAGCCAGUAUGUAAAUAAGUGGGCGUGGCUAAUAGAAAUAAUGAACUAAUAGUUAUUUUCACAUUUUUGACUGGUAGUGUAGAUCAGUCUAUAAUGAAAGACACAAUCUACCCUUUAAAUGAUCUUUUCUACAGUGUUGAAAGAUACCAGCCUUCCUCUUAUGAGAAAUGAUGACAAUCACAGGUUGGACAUUAAAACUUGUCUGAGCAAAUGCUGUUAAGGAAUCAUGUGGAUCCACUUAAAUCUAUACCCCUUCCCCCAUUGUAUCCCACAUAGACAUGUAUCUGUCUAGCAGCGUCCAUUGAUCACAUGAUUAUACUGCAACGUUACCACUUUCACAUUUACCACACACAUACACAGUUGUAAUUUGGUAGCAUCUGGCUCUCACACACUUAAUGUUAUAAAUAUUUAUUUAUAUACGGUAUACCUGUAUGUUUAUUUAUUUUUUACACUAGCUUUUACAUUUUUGUUUAAAGGAAACUGUAAACCAUUCUUGUAAUGACUGUCCAAUUAUUUCUGCUUAUAAUGUGCUUGUAAGCAUAAUAUGACCUGCUCCUGAGUAAAUGUGUUUCGCUGUCAUCCACUGACAUACCUGGCCUUGCCUUUACAAACACAAAUUUAAUGAAGCCCUUACUUAAGCAUUCUUCUCCCUAAUCCUUAUUUCAACAUAUCAUGUGACAGUCAUUCCCGAACAAUAAACUGUCCUUAUUUUCCCACACACGUCACUUACAGUACAGGGACACUUCAGCAUAACUGGGUCUCAACAAGAUAAAGCCUCUCUGUCUCUAUGAAUGCGAAACUGUGUGAUGUGAAACAGCCAAUCAGAAUACAUUUAAUGUACAGCUUACAGUAUAUGUUUUAAUGUAUAGUUAAUGGAGCAAGAUUUUGCACCAGUAAGGUUUCAUGAUGGGCAGAAGUAGGACACAUUGGGUUUAGGACAUAGUGUAAACUCCAUAGUGAAGACAGAAUAACUUGCCAGCUGUUUUAAUGCAGGUUAAACAGUCUAACAUAUUAGAUCUUACAAACACACAUCUAGACGUUCAGUUAGAGUUAACCUUAGCCUGUUGACAACCCUUAGAUUAACCAAACCACAGAGAUGUAUAUUAACAUACAAACACAGAAGUUUUUUUUUUUAUCACAAGCACAAUAUUGUUUAUUUAGUAUGAUGUGGUGCUCAUACAUGUGGCACUACAUUGCAAGCUGGCAGGAGAGUAAAUAUUUGAAAAUAUGUCAGACAAAAAAGCAACUGUAGGAUAUUCACAAGCCUCUGUAAUCUCCCUCACUCGCCUCAAUCGUCCCUCCCUCACAGAUUGACCCAGAUUAUUUAUCCCGAGAGAAUUACAGUAUCUCCGUCUUUAUUCACUGUAAUAGCUUCUGUAUACACACAUUCAGAAACAUGUUGAGUCAUUCUGCUUCCUGUUACUUCUGCACAAACACACUGCCUUACUGAACCUGCUUUGAUAUCAAGAAUGUAACUAUUAUUAAAACACUUUAUUAUAUAUUGCUUUCUCAUCUCUUUAGAUGUAUUAGUGGUGCUGUAUUGGUUUGGAUGGACAUAUUGUUUUGAUCAGAUCCAUCCAGACUUGAGUAUUACCAGGGAAGCCAAGAUUGUGUUUGUGGUUUCAGGAUGUACCAAAUAUUUAUUAUGUUUUACAGUUAAAUAUAGUGUGUUUUGGUUGUUUUAUGUUAUUAUUAUUUUUUUGUUUCACUUUAUAUUAAAUAUUGGAUGGAGUCUAAGGGGUUUCUAAUUCUGGUUGUCCUACUAACAAAAGGCGUGGUCACACUAGACUUUGAGUAUGCAAAUAUUUGUCGGACAUUGCUGCGUAUAUGGGUGGGAAGCAGUUAGUCAAUAUAGAUCUUUGGUUUCAUCCAUUUGUGCUUUUCAGUAGAAAGAAAGGUCACUCCAUGAUAUUCCAUAUAAUGGUUUUCUGCUGGUCACAUAUCUCCAUGUGAUACGAAUUUGCAGGUCAGAGUUCACCAGACUUGAACUUUGGUACGCAGUGAACUGCGAAAUAUUGUUGCACUAGCUUUUCAAGUCUGAUGCAUUUGUAUGUGUAUGAAUGGAAGUCAAUGGAACAAAAAGUCUAGUGUUACCGGCCCUUAACUCUUUCACCGCCAUUGACGAGAUAUCUCGUCAAUGAAGAGAAAACGCUUCCCCGCCAAUGACGAGAUUUUCCGUCUUUCCGCAAUACCGCUAUUAUCCACCAGGUGGUGCCCUUCCACAACUUUUUAAACCCGGAAGUAUUGCCCUAUGGCAAGCGGCUGCAUGUCCGUGUCUGUAUUAAAGAUCGCUCUGAAUGGGAUCUCUAUGAAAAGUCCGUCACAAAAAUGGAAUUAUCUCUGCUUUUUGCUCAAAAUAUGGUGUUUUUGCAGAAACCUACCCAUAUUCAAAAGCUGAUUACAAAAGAACCACUGAAGGUAGGUUGAAACUUUUUUUUGUUUGAAAGCAGAUGGUCUGUUCUUUCAUUAGGUAUAUUGUAUGUUUAUAUAUUUAAAGAAGAACAUUUUUUGGAAGGCAUUAAACUUUGGUGAAAAAAAAACGCUGGCGGUGAAAGAGUUAAUUGUCCUCUCAGUAAAUGAUGAAAGACGGAUAACAUGAACUCCACUGCUUCACUCUCAUUGGUUGUCACUCCUGAAAGUCGCUCGUUGUUUGCAUAAAAUUAUUUUUGCAUAAAGAACUGUUCUCAACUUUGUUACGUAGUUGGACAUGCCCAAUUCCGGUCACAAACGGUCGUUGUCGCUCAUAGCGCCAGAAAUCACCAAGGUUUCAUUGAAAUGAAUGCGAACGCUCUGCAUUUGCUAUAGUCGCUGGCGGUGUGCAUGCAGUCACACUAGACUUUUGCGUUUUAUUCUUUCAUUUUUUGCAUACAAUAAAAAAUUAAGUUUGAUGAACUCUGACCUGCAAAUUCAUAUAAGACAUGGAAACAGUACUACCAGCACAAUCUCAAGGGAACUUGUACGUAUUUUACGAGGUGGCUAAUUCAUAUGUAUUCGCAUUAUAAAAUCUGUAUGUUUUUGUAAGAUCUGCUUUCGCCCCUGUGAUGUUGGGUUAAGGGGUGGGGUUUUAUUACUGUAUUAUUUAUAAAAAAAAAUUGUUUUUGUGCUUUUCACUUAGUAUGAAUUCAUCCAAAUAAGCCACUUCGUAAAACACAAACGAAUUCUCGUGAGAUCGGGUUGGUAGAACAUACAUGUGAAAUGAAAUCUCUCAUAUGUGUGUUGCGAGUUAUUAUAUGGGGGUUCUUUUUGCAGAGUAGUUGUCGAGUUCAAACAUAAACGGGUGAAGAAAUUUUGCUAGAUCUAACACACCUAAACAUGCAUUAUUUAAUCUGGAGUGCAUUUUAGAGCUGAGCACUUCACAUUUUGAACCCCUCACAUAAUGCACACUGGAUUAAUGGCUUGUUCUCAUUUCAGUGAUAUGUCGAUUAUAAUAAAAGGCUCAACGCAUUACAUUGUUAUAGCUGAAUUCAAUGGCACAGAGAGUGAAGUGGCUGCAUUAGAUGUUACAAUGUCAACUUUAUUGAGUGCAGUGACACUGGUAUAUGUUUUGAAAGGAUGGUUUAAAUUUUCAAUCUGUUUAUUACUUUUAUGUAACAGCUCUGUCAUUUGUAUCUACAGUAAGCCUGUCUGCCAGUCCAGUCUGCUGCGUAAUCCACUUCAUGUCUUUCUGGCAGCCAGGCUUAGUUACAUAAGGCAGAUGAAGACAUAGAUCAGAUUCACAGUUGAAGACCCAGUUACUAUAUAAAUAUUAUAUCUGUAUUUGUAAAUAUAGCACACGUAACCAAUGGCCUUAAUGAUACACAUACUGAAGCAUUCCCAAAGUUUUAGCUACUGUAGUCUAUAGUCUAUUAUUUGUAAUAUUAUGUCAUUUUUAAUUAUUGUACAAAUAGGAAUGUGAUUUGUCUUACUACAAUUUUUUUGCAUUUGUUUUUUGGGUCGUUUCCUUCUCUAUGCCCUCUCCACUUGCACUGCCUCUUUAAAAGCACCAAUUCUCUUUGUUGUGUGACUGAGCAUAUACAGUACCUGUGUCUUUGUAAAAUUCUGUUUUAUUGUAUUAUCUAGUGACAAAUAAAUGUUUUGAAGCAUCA